GAUUAUGAAUGGCGGCAGCUCCACAAUUGGGUUUGCAUAAUAGGACGUUUGUGUAUUUCUUUCUGUCUCUGUUACUAGUCCUCUUUCUUCACUGCAAGAAGCAAUAUCAUAAAACUUUCCGGUCUUACUGUGAUUAAUUUGGGGUACUCAUCUUUAUUACGUCCUUUACACUCACAGUGCUAAUUCUACCAAAUGAAUACAGCUUAUGGCAGGAAUAGGACAGUAAGAUCUUGACUACACCCUUAACUUCGAAUUUUAAAAUAUUUAGGCGUUUCACUUCUGCUGACCACUCUGUUCCGUGGAACACUCAAACUCAAUAUAAUAUGGGGAGGGCUAUGGUACAUGAUUACAAUAAACCUGUCGCCACUUACGGCAGCAAUUUCACAAAAAGGCCUCUGUUUAGUGCUGGUAAUUCGGUGAAUACUGGGGCACCCAGUUUCAGUGAUAUUGCAACGCUUUCAACGAGUGGUUAUAAUUCUAGACCUGGGUCUUCUCAGCGUAAUGGUGAGCUUAUCAGUUCUAUACCCAAUGCAUUCUCUGGAAGAACAACAUAUCCUACUGCACUAGAUUCUAGUCUGGAAAAUGGUCCUUCAUAUUUCAAUGCAUUGAAUUAUAAUAAUAGUCAGACUGGUCCUGCAAGAAAUUUCUCUGAACCUUCUCUUUUCUCUUCGUUAUCCACCAUCAAUCGGACAGCUGGGAAUGACUUAACAAACAACAGAAUUGGACCCGGAAGUAUUACCCCGUCAGUUCCUAUAAACACUGCUAUGGCCCUGGCAUCUCGUAACCCUGGAAAUCUUUACUCAAACUCAAUCGGAAAUGAAAAUACUUCUUCGAAUUCCACAAACCUUUCUUUAUCUUCUUCUUCACGUGGUGUUACUUUAGAUCCUUCAGAUUUCCCUCCAAUUUUAACAUCUACUGGGCGGAGUGGGAAUUCUUCCACACCCUUUCAUUCCUCCUCAAACCAGCCCCCCUUGCGGAACUAUGUUUCCAUUAUGUCAAAAGGGUCUUCAACCAUAGAUCAGAGUUUGAAUCAAUUAAAUCAACAAUUUAGUCAUUCUUCAAAUAACCAGGCAGCUCCUCUGGAAUUUUCUAAGCAGGAUUUCCCCGCUUUACCUGGUUCGCACCAACCUACCACUAGCACUACUACGACAGUGUCGACGACGAGUGCCUUAACUGUCAAUUCAACAUCUGCUCAUCGUUCCUUGUCGGCUAGUUCCAUAACCCAAACUCCUGCUUCUACAAACUCUAGACGAUUGUUUAGCCAUACGUCCAACCACGUUUUAGGACCAUCAUCAGUCCGCAAUCAGCCGGGAUAUUCAAAUGUUCCUUCUAAAUCUGUCGGCUCCUCAAACGGUAUACAGUUACUUCCCAAUCAUUUAGUCACAAAUAUUCCUAAAAAUAUGAUUUGUGAUCAGUUCGGAAUGUUAGGUUUAUUGAAGCUGAUUCGCGUUGGUGAUUAUGAUGCUACGUUGAAUAUGCUAGCUCCUGGAUUAGAUUUAUCCUCAUUACACAGUAAUUGGCAGACACCUGGUGAACUUCAUACCACCUUUGUUUCACCUCUUCAAGAUUCUUGUUUUGGCCGUCCACAAGAUAUGGAUUAUCCUGUUCCACCGGAAUAUCUUAUACGACAUUUAGUUACAGAUCGUCUACCUGAUCCACCUAUGAAUCAAUUGUCAGAAGAGACAUUGUUCUGGUUAUUCUAUAAUUGUUGUCGAGAAGAAGCACAGUUGGUUGUAGCGAAAGAACUCUAUCAACGUGAAUGGCGAUUCCAUAAAAAAGAACAAAUAUGGCUUACUCGUAUAGUGGGUGCCAAUUUCACGUCAGAUAACAACUCUGAACAAGGUGAUUACUAUUUUUGGGAUCCUGUUAAAGCGCAAAAGUCUACCCAUCAAAUGACUAUCUUAUAUUCUGAUCUUGAUAAUGCACCAGCAGCAUUUCGUCUUAGUUCAGGCACAUUAAGUGCCUUUGUGAGUAUCGGUUUACCUGGUGGUUCGCAUAGUAGUGUUCCACCACCACCUCCACCUCCUCCACCAUUACCACAAAAUCAACAACAACAGUUAGUUAGUUACCAACAUCAAUCACGUCAGGCGCAACAAGGUCAGCAAACAUUUUCGCAUACACAUCAUCAAACACUUAUGAAUAAUCAUAAUCCUAAUACAUCAGGACCAUUUAUUCCGUUUACUGCCAAUCCCCUGACUACUGGACCAUCAGUCAAUUCAUCAAAUGCUGCAACGUUAGCUAGUCUGUUCAACACUCGUCAACAGCAACCAAUUAAGCAACCACAACAACUGAAUUCAAAUCCAAAUUAUUUUUCAUCUCAUAAUCGAACUACUGGUCCUGUAAAUUCAUUGUUCACUAAUCGAUCAGCUCCAGUAUCAGUUCCUGUGACUAAUACAGUGAUUCCUUCUACAGAAACUACAUCGACUACUAAUUCAAACUUUAAUCGGCUGUCCAAUCCAUCACUUGUUAAUGAUAAUCCCAGUCAAGUAGUUUUUGAUGGUUCACAAAUUUAGAUCUUUAUUGAUUCUAUGAGCAAUGUGUAUAAUGUACACGUAGAGGAGUCCCAUUUGUGUUAUGAGGCGUAAAUGCAAUCUUUUUUCAAGUUCACAUGGUCAACUUUCUUAUGAGAACAUCCAAUCUAUGUUAAUUGUGAAAUUGAUCAUUGUAAUUCCUUUUUGGAUUUUUUUUUCAACGUUAUUUCUAGGUUACUUUUCCCAGAAGGGAGGUGUAUAUCACACUGAAUAUACAUGCAUAUAUAUAUAUAUAUUUCAGUCUGUGCUUAAUCUUUUUGAUUUUAUAAUGUUCUGGUGUUCUGAUACUGAUUCACGUGUUGUUUUCACUUAUAUAUAUAUAUUGUUUCCCUCCUGUUUUUUAAAUCCAUUUUCUUUUCUUAACGAUAUGGUAUGAAAAGAUUCUCUAACAACUGCUUGUGUGCAUGAGAGUGUGAGGGUCAAUUUAUGCAUCUGUCUAAUUCUGUCGAUAUUUCCCCUGGUCUUGUCUCUUAUUUCAUUUUUUAAUCUCUUGGUCACAGCUCCAGUUUAUCACAUGUUCUAAAAUUUGUUUAUCUUUUCUUUCUGUAAACUUGCAAACAAACAAGAAAGUAAAUUAAAACGCUAAGCUGUGUGUAUGUAUACAAAAGCCAACGAGACCUGUUGUUUUAUCUUAAAGCAUAAUUCUCUUUUCUUUUCUAUAUUUAUAUAUAUAUGAAUCGAAAUCGAUGCAUCUGUAUUAUUAGUCUUUACUUACAUUUCAUUUCACCACUGUUAUUCUUCUAAUCAAGAUGAUAUUUUGUUAUUCUUUUCCUAAAAAUAUUCCUCAAUGCGUGUAGAACAGGGGCAGCUUGUCAGUUGAAAACAAUGUAAGUGAAUUAUGUUCUGUGAACACGUGUACUAUAGUGUGUAACCACUUAUCUUUACCUUCUUUCUAUUCUGCUUAUCUUUCACACCAUUAUUCCAUUUAUGUCCAUUGUUCUUUCUUCGUGAAUAUUAUUCUGCCUUCUUAGAAAAACUUGUCGUUUAUUUUGUUAACUUUUUAUUAAAUAAAUUAGUAAAGGAUACUUUUUAAUUGCGAUUAUUACUGUCCCUUCACUUGUUUCAACUGAUCUCUUUUGAUUGGUUAAUAGUUAAUGUGUAUAUCAAUGUAGAUAGGGUAGGUUUUCAGAAUGUAUGAGUAGUAGUAGUAGUUAUACUUAGUGUGUGUGUGUACGUGUGUUUGAGUAGAAUGGAUUUUCCUGAUCAUUCCAACUUGAAUAUCUCUUGUAUUUUUACAGGUCACUUUAUUUCUUCUCUAACUCCCAUUUUCCUCUGUUUUGUACAACUUCACUCACUUAUUUUAAAAAUCUUAGUUUCAACAUUUUUCUUCGUUGAAGACACAGUUCUUGAAAGAUUAAAUAGACAUGGAUAUUACUUCCUUUUGUAUUCUGCACCAUUUUAUUCUGUUUCACGCUUAUACAUACAUAUUUAAUAUCUAUCUAUUGUCUUUAUUACUUCGCUUAUACUUGGACUCGUGUAUUUGUAUAAAAAUCUGGUCAUAGAGAGAGAAAGUGAAAAGUAAUAUUAGUUAGUCGGCUAAAUUAAUUAUAACUUAAGUAGUGUUAGCAUAAAUAUUGUGCUGUAUAUCAUAUCCCAUUUUUCGUGUGAUCUUCCUCUUAGGAUAUAUAUAAUAACUUAGAGUUUUCGCCUCUUUUCUUACUGUGUCUAAUUUUUAUUGUACUUUGUCUGUCUGUGUAUGUGUAUAUUCUGAUCAGAUAGAGGUAACAUAUUCCUUAAAAAUAUAAAUAUAUAAAUUUUAUAUUAUAA